GUUGUUGCCGAGUCCGUCGCAGUGUUACAAAAAGAGGUGCGUGGUCCGGAGUCCGGACCUGUGUUAGAGAAUUAUCUGUCAAAUUUAAAGUUUCAAAUAGUAUUUUAUCCAAUUUCAGCGAAAAUCAACCUCAAAAUAGUAGCACAAGUUAUUGAUGCCAAUAAAUUACUAUGGCAACUGCAAAAAUCGUCGAAUUAGACGAGACAAACACUUGUAAAAUUUGCGAAAAUGCCUUGGCCAAAUAUUCUUGUCCCCGUUGUAACAUUUUGUACUGUUCCUUGCCUUGUUAUCAGUCGCCCUCUCACUUGAAUUGCAGUGAGGAUUUUUAUAAAGAAUCAGUCAUCGAGGCAUUAAAUGAACAAAGCGACUUGGAUUCUAAAACGAAAAUGAUGGAGAUUUUGCAAAGACAACACCACAACAACAAACUAAAUCUGGAUGAGUUUUCAGAUGGAGAUGAUGGUUUAGAUUCAGAUGAUAAUGAUGAUAUUGAUGACAUCACAUCCAGAUUGGAAGGUGUUGAUUUGGAUGAUGCCGAAAAAGUCUGGGAGAAACUGACUGAAGAUGAAAAACAAGAUUUCAUUGCGUUUUUAAAAUCAGAAGAUGUCACAAAGUUGAUAAAACCCUGGGAACCUUGGUGGGAUUAUUAUGAUCCCAGAAAAGUUGAAAUUAUUGGUUGUGAGAACAAGGAAUACAAAAACAAUUGCCCCAAAUUGGCAGAAAUUAAGGAUAUCAAAUUAAUAACUAGCAAAACUCCAUCAGAAUUGUUAAAGAACAACCUAGUAAACAUUUUGGCAUCUUAUGCCUUUACAACAAGAUAUUUAAAUGGUGAACAUUUCGAUUUUGCUAAAGAAGCAGUUAGUUGUUGGGCAAACUUAUCCAUUUGUAUCAAAUCUAAGGAAAACUUACCAGAUUACGAGUUUGCCAUUAAAUCAGUUCAACAAGAAUGUUUAAAUACUGAUUGGAUUAUCACAGAUGAGGAAAACUUUAAAACGAUGAAAAAAGACGUUACGAAAAUUUUACGGGGACCUAAUUUUUCCGAACCGAAGUUUUAUAUACUGUGUGCAUUAAGUGAUUUAUUAAAACUGUUGAAGGUGGCAGAAAAUCCGCAAGAAAAAGAAACAUUUGGUAAGAGUUUUCCAAACGAUCAUUUUCCCAGCGUUAAAUUAGAGAGCAAAGAACAUAUUAUCAGUUACGAAAAAAAAAUCGAAUACUUUUUGUCUUAUGUUAAAGAUUGUUAUCAGGUUUAAAUUUGUAUUUUUUUUGUAAAUAAAGUGAAUUAUCUUUGUA